AAUCUAAACAUGGCGCAGGACAGUAAACCACGCGUAUUAGUACUGGGAGGUACUGGAUUUGUUGGUAGGAAUUUUGUGCACUAUCUACUGGAAAAUGAUUUGGUGUCAAAGAUUAGAGUUGUUGACAAAGUUCCACCUCAAAUGGCCUGGUUAAAUCAACAACACAGGGAAAGUUUUACCAGUCCUCUAAUUGAGUUUAAACAUGGUAAUUUGAUCAAUCCAGCCACAACAGAAGAUGCUUUUAUUGAUUCUGAUGGACAUGAUUUUGACUAUGUUGUUAAUUUAGCUGCAGAAACAAAAUAUGGUCAGUCAGAUCCAGUAUAUGAAGAAGGUAUUAUUAAACUUAGUAAUACCUGUAUGAAAGCAGCCAGUAAUCAUCCUAAUAUUAAAAUGUAUGUAGAAUUUUCUAGUGGACAGAUGCACUCUACAGAUAAGAAACCUGUAAAAGAAGAUACUAAAUGUGAACCAUGGACACAUCUUGCUAAACAUAAACUACAAGUUGAAAAAGAACUGUCUAAUUACCCUGAUUUGAAGCAUAUUAUAAUUAGACCUGCUAUAAUAUAUGGUCUAGCAGAUAGACAGGGACUCACUCCUAGGCUGAUGAUUGGUGCUAUUUAUAAAUAUACAAAUGAAAAGAUGAAGAUGUUAUGGACUAAAGAUUUAAAGAUGAAUACAGUACAUGUAGUAGAUGUAUGUCGAGCUACCUGGCAUCUGUUUACGCAUGGUAAAUCAGGUGAAAUCUAUAAUUUAUGUGAUAAAGGUGAUACAGAUCAAGGUGAAAUUAGUGAACUAGUAUCAGAGAUAUUUUCUAUUAAUUAUGACUUUGUUGGUUCUAUCAUGUCUAAUAUGGCUAAGCUGAAUAUGAGUAGUAUGGUAGAAGAUAUUAAUGAUAGUCACCUAGCACCCUGGGCUGAUGCUUGUCAAAAAGAUGAUAUUUCUAACACACCUUUAAAUCCUUGUAUAGAUCAGGAACUAUUAUAUAAUAAACAUACCUAUUUAGAUGGUAGUAAAAUAGAAGAAACAGGGUUUAGAUAUCUUUAUACUAAAUUAAAAAUAGAAUCAUUACGAGAGAUGUUACAAGAUUAUUUAGAUCUUGGAUUAUUUCCGAAAUGUUUAUUAUCUGGUGAAACUCAUUUUAUCAGACCAGAUGAUGGAGAAGAAUAUGAAUCCUGAUUGAGUUAUUAUUAGAUUUUAUUACAUCUUAUACAACGACUCAGUUGUAUGCAAAUUAUUUAUAUAUUAUAUCAUAUCAUUAUCACAUUCCAUUCUUCCAUACCAUUUCAUAUCAUUAUUACUUUGUUUAUCUAAUUCCUUGAUUUAUAUGAAGUUUUAAACCUAUUUAAAGGUGGAGUAUGGACUGAAUUACUGGUUAUUAUAUAUGUAUUUUGGAUUAUCUAUGGAAAAUCAGACUAUCUUUUUAAAGAACUAUAAACAAAGGACUUCUCCCUUAAUUUCAAUAGAAAAACCUUGGGUUCUCUCAAUUGUUGAGUUCAGCACAUUUAUGAAUUUAUGAAACAUUCAAUAAAAUGAGUUUGAACAGAAUUCAUAAUGCUUUGCACAUGUUCUGAAAAAAAUAGUAUGUGUAGACAGAAUUCAAAGUGGCAGAGAAAGAAAUAGAUGGGAAAAUUUGGAAUAUGAUAUAUCUAUUUUACCGUUUGAUGGAGACAUGAUAUGGUAAUAUUAUUUAGAAGAUAGUACAUACUCCACCUUUAUACCGGUAAUUCAAUCUCACUCUUCUUGACUCGCUACUAUCAACUGAUAAUGACUGCUGAGGUUAAAUUAAUUCAGUUUCGCCAAGAUUAUGUGAGGAUUAUUUUUAUCAUAAACUGCUUGAUGUCUGCUUUUCAUCGAGUGUAGCUUACUUAAUUAAUUUAGCCUCCAAACUGACUGUCUUCCUGAUUCCAUAUUUCAAUUUCAACGUCAUGAGAUGAGCUUGUACUAAUGAACUCAAAGAAUGGUACUAUAUCUGUUGUUUCUAUGGUUCCUUAAACUUGAAUUUCCAAUUUUUGCAACAUGAGUAAUUUUAAAUUCCAACUGUUAUGUAUGCAUUGUUUAUAUUUUCCAAAGAAUUAUAUUGUAGUUAUUGAUGUUGAUGUUUGUUUAAGCUUGGUUUUAUUUUUUCGUGUUACUUCUUUGAUAUUACUAAAUGAACAUUAAAGAGACAACUGCACCAUUUUGGGCGGUUAAUUCUAGACACAUAUGGAUUUGAAGGUUCAAAUUUGACGGUGAGCUAUGGACACUAUUUCUUACAAUAAUAAAAAUCUUGUGCAGUAAAAGCCCCAGUCAGAUAUUACUGGUAGAUAUAUUCAACUCAAUUCAUGUUCCCUCUUGUAUGUCUCAAUAUCAUUAACUUCAUAUCAUUCCCUUCAUAUUUGAUAUUUACAUCAGUGCCUGCUUCUCAAUCAGAAGAGAUUUUCUAAGCUUAUUGUUAGCUUCUUUUGUAUUAUAUUUGCAUAAUAUAAAUUAUAUUUGAUUUAAGGUAUAACAGUCCGAAAGAGUUAUUUAUAUUAAUUCUUGGAUUGCAUGGGAAAUUGAAACAAUACAAGGCAGACAUAUAUUAAUAAAUUAUUUUGAAAUAAAAUUGCUCUAGAUUCUGGGUUAAAUUGCCCAAAGAUUUUUUAGGGAAGGUUGCAUAAAAUGCCAUUUUUGGGGGUUGAUUUUAUUCUAAUAUGUAAAUAGUCUUCAAAAGUGCUAGAAAUAUACGAAAAUCACAUAAUUCCUUUAAUAAAUACUUCCAACUAUGAAUGUCCUUUCUAUAUAUCACAGAGUAUCUUAAAUUGUUGUAACGUGGAUAAUUCUGGACACACAUAGAUAUGAAAGCAUAAAUUUUGACUGAGUUGUGAACACUGUUACUGAUUAGCUUAGCUAAAAAAUUCCCUUUUCUGAGAUGUAAGUAUGAUUGGGAAAAAAAAGGGUGAACCUGUCCCUUUAUUUAGUUUAGAUGAAAAAUGAAAAAAACAUUGUUCAGUCAAUAUUACUUUCAACUAUUAAAUGUCCUAAGGUUACAGGGAAUUAUUAAAGGAUACUUCCUCUUAGAAUGAACAUAAAAUUAACAUUCUUAAUCUUGGCCAAUGAAAGAGAUUCUGUGGUAUAUUUAUGACACCCAGUCCACUGAUGAAUAUAUACUCUUAUUGAACAAGUUUGAGAAUUUAAAUUUUAAGUGCAUUCUAAGAGGUAGUAUCCCUUUAAAAAAUGUGCUACAUGAAGAUUUAGCUCUAUUUGAAAUUUGCUAUAAUAAUUCAGGGACUCUAUUCACAAGCACUUAACCAUUAUAAUAUUCAGAUAUUUGGAAAUAUGUUGGUACAAACAAUAGUAAAUGUUCUAAUGUUAACGAUAAUUAGGCAACAUACCUACUGUUUUGUUUAAGUGUUUUAAUUCUUUAAGGCUAAUUAUAGAGGUAUAUUGUUUAAUUAUUUGGUAUCAGUGGUAAAAAAAGGAACAGGUUGUGUAACUCUGUAAUUGUAAAGGGAUAAUGGUACCAAGAAUUGAACUCUAACAAAUAAUUAGAUAAUAUCUCUUUAAACUAACUGUGUUAUUCUCAUAUUCCCAUAAAAUCUAGGCAUUAACAUAUCCUUGCAUGGUUUAUUUCAUUGAUUUUUGCAAAUAUUUUAUCAUUUUGGUGCUUUUUUUACAGUUCUCUAAUGUUAUUGACUGUUUUCAAACUGGUCUGUGGUUUUAGGCCUAGUUUAUCCCAUUGCUGCCAAAGAAUUCAACUGGUAGUAUAAUUAUUUCCAUUAUGAAUAAUUCAACAAUUAGAAUAGUGAAACAUCUGCCUCUAUUCCAGCCUCUGAUCGAUUGUGCAUGCAAUUUUGCAUAGUAUUCCUUUGAUGGAACAGGAGAAGUGACAUAAAUGGUGUAGGGAUAUUAUGUUGGUAUUUCUGAUCUAAAAAAAUAGCCAUCUUUGGCAACGUAUUUAGGUUUUAAUAAAAAUCUUUAAAUCCCCUACACCUUUUGAGUUGCAAUAAAUCCCCAUGCAACAGGGCCUUUUUCUGUCUCUACACCAGCCAACAACUUUCAAAUUGCUAUUGGAGGCUAGAAGAGAGGCACAUGUUUUGGGCUACAAUUUGAAUAGCUUUAUUGGAUCUAAUUUUGAUAAGAUAAUUCCAUCAAAAAAUUUAAAUAUAUUUUAGCUACUAAGGGUUUAAGGGAAUUGAUUUAUUGAACAAACCGCUUGCUAGCAACAGAUAAAAUAUUUCUUGAAAAUUAUAUGAUAAAAACAGAGUUUAUGGUGAUCAGUCAAAUUAAAACAUUUUAAACUUUC